UAACCUCUUGAGCUAUGGCGCGGCCAUGUGCUUAAUUAAACAAGCACUACACCACGAAGACAUAUGGAGGAGCGGAGAUAUAACUCCAGGAUUCUUAAUAUCGCGAUAAAAUGGAGCCGCAGUCAGCUUCAAGAUCCUGCCUCUCUAUAGCGAAGAAAAGGACCGCCAUCAGAUCAGUAAUCUUAACAGCGUAACCUCUCAAAUUGUUGACCAAUCUUUAGGAAACUUGCUAUGUGUAUCAUUCAAUAUGAGGAUAGCUCAACGGUAUGCUACACAGAUCACUACCAUCAGUAAUACCAACAUUACAGCCCCUAAAAUUGCAUUGUUUUGUUUUCCGUUCGCCGUGUAAAAUAUUCAAAUUACAGUGAAAAGAAAGAAGGCGAUUAGCUCUUCCCACAACUUCUUGUCUUUACUGUUUCCCUUUAGUUUUCGUUAGCAGCGCCUAAUAAAUAUAUGGCCGCUGUUCUAAAAAAAAGAAUUAAUUGACUUUCAAUUUAUUUCUUUAAAUUUAUUUUGUCUGGCGUUUUAUUAUAUUCGAUUUCCUAUGUGCUGAUGCUAUUUUUGCUAGGAACUGAUCUGCCCUCUGUUGGACGUCUCGCCUAUCCUGACUCCUCCGUCUCUUUGUUCGACAAGACUGUUUCUGUCUGCCUAUCAUGUUGUCCCUCAUCUACAGACCAUGUCAGAGUGGCAGCCAUUUCAUGCAAUUCCUAUACUAUUUAGAAUAAUUUACGUUGCUUUUAUAACAUUUUUUUCUUCAAUGGACUUUUAUGUAGAUAUUUUCCCCUGGUUUCUUUUUUAUUGUCACGUAUUCGGGGGUUUCUUGAGUAAUAAUAAUGGAUUCUGGUAGGAUGAUUUGAUUUAGGGGCACUUGUUUACAAUUACAGUUAAAUAUAACAGCUCACAAACAAUGGCUGCCUACGACUCGCUCCAUUCCUUACUGGACUACGAGUGUUUUCUCUUCCUCUGUGAUGAAUGACGAACGAAGAAUUCCUGCUCAGACACUGAACUGCCUUGAACGACGUCUGUCUGAUAAAUCAAGCCUACGAAAGAAUUACGAUCUUUUUAUAACUUCAUGGCGGCCCUAAUAUGGGCCACGAUCUCAAACGGUUCCUCUGUUUUUCCCCCCGUUUCACUGGAAUGUUUUUGUCAAUAUUCCUUGUCACGGGAGCCUGUGUUUGGGGACUUGCUACCUAGCAACGGAUGUCCGUCUGUUGACUACGUCACCUCAAGAAUAUAUUUACUAAAAAGUUAUCUAGCAAUGUUUUUUUUUUCGUCAAAAUAUUCAUUGCCAAAGCCAUUUUCCGCUAUCAGAGCUAUCAAUUUACUGCAUGGAUUUCUGCAACAUUUAUACUGAGAGUCCAUACAAACGUUGUUUUGUGAACUUCAUUCCGAAUUUUGCUAAUCAAGUAUAAUUCUUAUGUUAUAUGUAAUUCAAGUAAAUAUUUUUUAUCUUGGAUUUCAAGUUCCUUUGUCGGUGACUAUGAAGAAUGAUGUGACACCGUGUAGUUUGGUAAAAGCUUUCUGACGUUUUGGAGGAACCUACCGCCUGCAUCUUCAAGGUCGAAGAGUAAACACGAAACCAGCGAAAGACAAGCACGAAGCAGAGCUGUUUCUUCCUGGGGCUUGACGCUUUCCUUGGCCCUGCGCAGAACAUAAAAUUUACAUGAACAGAAGACACAUUAGGACUAUGGGAAACUGUCGUAUUUACUUUAACUAACUAACUAACUAACUAAAUAGUUCCAUGGAUUUGAGUGGUCUUGAGAACUACUUCAAGUUGGCUAUUUCACGGCACCGUCAGUAUCGAGACUACGUAGCUUCCCUAAUAAUAUGACUAAUGAAUGUGGGGGCAGUUGAUACAAUAAAAACUGCAAGGGGAAAUCGAAGUAUUCCAGAAAAUUUGCACCAGCAGCACUGUGUCCACCAAAAUUCCCACAUGACUCGAUUUAUGUUCGAAGCCAGGCCGUCGCGGUAGGAAGACAGCGACUGAGCUAUGGAACGGCCAGCAUGUAGAAUGAUAUGUAAUAAACUGCCCUGAAAAUAUGUAGGAAAAUAUUUGGAUGGGGUCAAGUGCGAAGAAGGAAAAUAAAGUAAAGCAAAUUAAACAAAGGCAAUAAAGGUAGUAAGGAAAAUUGUUCCUCUGUGAUAAGACAUGUAGGACAAAGAAGGCGUUACUCUCCUUUCUCUGUCACGAACACACACACACACACGCAUGGAUUAACACGCUCACCAAGCAGAAAGGAAAAGCAUCUGACAUAAGAAAUCUUCAUAGUCGACUCAGUGAAACUGAGCCAUGUUCUCUAUCCGGACGGCUUAGGAGUAGCGUCUUCCUGCCCGUUAUCGUCUCCUUAUUCUCCCCUUUCUACCAUGUUUGGAAAGGAAGACCUCCUUCCGUGCGGGUGGACAUAUGAGAGUAGUCCGUUGCGUACCAUCCGACGCUGAAGUGGGUUGCAAAAUUCUGUUUUCAUCUAGUUUCUCCAAAUUGCGUUUCGAUUCUUCGCUCCGGCCGUUGAGGGCAAGAGGGCUCAUCUUGCAAAGGUUUUGGGUAGACCGACGGCUCCGAGUGAUUACUUCAUGUUAAUCGGUUUUCCGGCCAAGGUGGAAGUAGUUGUGGUUUUGCAGCUACUGCAGUGCACAUUUGUAUUAUUGGAUAAACUGCUUAAGUCUGAACAUCCCAUUCCAUCUAGCGAGCACUGUGAACACAAUGAUGGAACAUGGGAUUAAUGCAUGUAGAGAGUAGGGUGAAGCAGAGAGGAGCUGCUAAAGUUGUUACUGUAAAACGUAUAUGAGUGAGUUCAUAACAGAAAUUGAUUGCUGUACAAUAUUGUUAUGGAAGAAACGAGUUUUAUAAAUUAUUCACUUUUUAUUUUGUGUUGAUGUCGAGGAUUCUAAAAAGCAGUUAUUUCGAUGAAUUUAAGUGUAAAUAGAAAAAUAUUCCUUUGUCGUCGAGUCAUAAAAUAUAGGCGCACACGAACUAUCGAACUUUCAUCUUAUUCUUCUCGAAUCAUGAAUAUCCAUAAAAAAUGUGAUCUAGUGUUGUUAAAAAACCACAGUUGAUAAGAUGGUUAUUAUUCUGACCAAAAAAUAUCCAUACUAAAUUCACAAUAUCUAUGGACUUCCCGUAUACCAGAAGCAAUUACCAUAAUAAGUUAAAAAAGUAGUUCAUAGCCCACUGGCUAUUCCUGUCAUCGUCUGUAUCGAGCGAAAGGUACAACCCCGAUAAUAAAAUAAGGAGCGAAUACGAUAGGACCUGUCGCCGGUAGUUUGCUAACAUACACCUCAGGAAAUUACGAAUAGAGUAUAGACAUCCCGUCAUUCUGAAUAGAAUAACUUCAUAUUUACUUAACUUAAACUGAAAGAAUAAACAACAAAAUAUGGGCUGAAAUAUCUUAUUCAUCAAUUUGACGUUCUCAACAUUAAUAUGUUCAUCCUAAAUGCAAAUAUUUUCUUUACAUUGUCAUGCCAUCUCUGAUAAAACUGCAAUACACUUAAAGAACAAAAUAUUCUAGACACCCAAAAGUAUAAAUGUAAUCCAAAAGUGAACCUUGAAAAUGUUAACAGUGCGAAACAGACCAUGAAUAUAUAUUAGCGAUAAUUUAAAUUCUAUCAGUUGUCCGUUCUAGUUAUUGUGUUGUAUUAUAUGAUGUUAAAGCACUUGAGACAUAGCUACGUUUUCGACAACGGAAAAAGGCUUAAUGGAAACCAUUAGACUGAACGCAUAGAGACAUUAGUAACUGGCGCGGCGAGCCAUGAUAAAGCAGUGUGUGGUCCUCUGCCUGCUACUGGCAGGACACGCCGACCUGGAGAAAUCAUAUCUCACAGUACAACGAGGGGAAGUCAUUGUCAAGCUGAAACGGCAUUUACAACUAAAGUCAGUGCUCUUCUUUCACAAUGCCAGUCUUCAUAAUUCAUGUAAGUAGCAGAGCUCCUCGAGAAGAUGUGACAUUCGGAAGUUUCAUCAGUCAUCGGCUCUUUACUCUAACUGGCAUCAUCUCAACAUAAGUACUCAAGAUUUACUUUAAUAUUAUCAGCUUAAUUGAGCAUAUUUUGCAAUUUACAAAUUUUCAACCCCCAGGAAUAUGUCCAACCAAAAUUGGAUAUACAUUUAUUACAACUCCUUACCGAACCUGCCUCAAAUUCUUUAAUUUAAUCUACUGCCUACUUAAUAUCAUUGUGUCAAAGAUGACCAUUAUAAAGGGUACACAUACACACAACACAACACAACACAACACAACACAACAAAACCAUACUGUUUUCAUGUUUUACAAUUCGAUAUUUUAUUCCUGCUAUAAAUUUCUGUCGUACAAGACCAUCAUCAGGCAGAUAUACAAGAUAGGAAUACGUAAUUAUUGAACUACCGACAUGAAUCCUUAUCGGUGCAACAUUAUAGGAGAACAGUACAACUUACGAAAUAAGAAUGCAAGAAAAUUUCCAUAGAACAGUUAAAUAAAAUUACAUUGUUGUAAAAUAAAUAGCACUGUUCUCCGUCCGGUUUAAUAUUUUCCCGGAUAACAGGACAUCUCCCAAAUAAACCGGACAAUCCUCUUUUACCGUGACAAUUUAAGCAGCACGUUCCUCCAAAACCCAACCGCAUAUCCACCAAUUACACGGCUCCCACCUCAGAACACAUUGGUCUUGAUACUCAUUGCUAUGAAGACUUCACAUCUCACAGAAUUAAACGCAGUUUAGACGGCUCUAUUGUAUACGCACCAGACAAAUGUCCACACGCUUUUUCCUGACAUUUCGCUCAAGAUUCCUUUUUCAGGCUAACUUUACUGCUGCUCUUUUGUUACAGUGAACAACCAAAUGAUGUUAAUGGAAUUGGCGAGGUACCUGAACACCAGGAAUAUUCCCACGGCAGAGUUACGUGCAAGCAGUUCACCGCAGCUGAUGCAGUGCACUAAAAGCAGACAGCUAGCAGUUCUUCUGGCUGCAGAACCUGCAUUCCUGUCCAGCGUGCUGGAGAAUUGUAAACGGGACAAAAUGGUAUGGCUGGCGUUUCUAGAUGUGGGACAGUCCCUGAAGGAGUUGGUAGGGGACCUCAACAUCCGGUUUGACGUGCAGUUUCUAGUGGUACAGCUUGCUGACAUAAAGAUGCAGCUGUUUGAAGUGUAUCGAGUUGCGCCCGACACUCCACUUCGGGUUCAACUCUUUGGAACACGUGACGGGCCUCUGCACAGCCCAGCACACGUCUACCACCGCAGGAGAUCGCUGGGAGGAUACGUGAUGAAGACGGCCAGCCUCAACAAUUCCUAUCUGGUUUCUGUGAAUAACGACAUCAUUGGUGGCUUUUAUGGCAAAGUAUGGGCCGUCUUAGAACGACAUCUGAACUUCAAAUCUACAGUUUCUGUGCCUGCAACUGGCCUGUGGGGCAGCAAAGACGACAACGGUGCGUGGAAUGGUGUGGUUGGAAUGGUCACCAGGCGUGAAGCUGAAGUGGGAGUCAGUGACGUCACCAUGACAUCAGAUCGCGUGGGAGUUCUCUCGUACUCAAUGCAAGUGGCGACCUUUCACUACAAAGUGGUCAUCCGAGCAGGAGAGGUGAACGUCUCGUGGGAUAAUUUCCUGCGACCCUUCAGUACCGGGCUGUGGACUGCCAUUACGAUAUAUGUUGUAGUCAUGGCCUUCGCUCUUAAGAUUUACUUCGAAGUCGGACUCGUACAAGGGAAGGAAGAGCCGAGAGAUCAGACGUUGCAAGACUGGCUUCUAGCCACAUUUGGAGCUGUCUUUUGUUCACAAGGUCAGGCCAGCACGCCACUGUCCUUUCAGUGUCGGCUCGUGUACAUUCUGAGCUACACGCUGGGAUUCGUGAUCUUCUGUGCCUACUCCGCGGCUGUUGUCUCCUUCCUAGCAGUUCACGACGCCAAACUACCGGUCACUAACAUCCAACAAUUACAGAAGGACGAAUCAUACACAAUUCGGACUGUAAAUGGUUCUUCAACACUUGAAGCUUUCCGACAAUCAACAGCGCAUGAUUUCAUGACCUUGUACAAGGAACGCCUGAAGCCCCACCUGGCUGAUAUGCCCAGGAAUGUACUGGAGGGAUUGCAGAGAGUCUGCCGAGAGAGGCGCUAUGCAUUCAUGGUGCCCAAAGAGGAGACGCUGGAGUAUCUGCCGCAUCUCAGUUGUGAAGUGGUUUACCUGCCCCAGGGGAUUUUCGAGAUGAAGUAUGCCUUCGUGUUCAAUGUGGACAGCCCAUACAUUGGCUUAUUCCGCUACACCUUGCAGAAGCUUCUGGAGACUGGAAUCAUGGAGAAGCUGCACCAGGACACCAUGAUAUAUGAACCCAGGAAGUCAGAGGGAGCAUUUAAGAGCAUGGAGCUGGUGGAUGUGGUUCCUGUUUUCAGUAUUUCAACAUCAGGAAUUGUUGUGGCCAUAUUUCUGGUUUUUCUGGAGCAACUAUUCUCUUGGAUACUUGAAAGAAGAAAUUAGAAUAAUGUCAUGACAGAUUACCAUUAUUUUUUAUGUAUAAUUCAUAAUUAAGAAGGCAAUCAGUAUUGCUUAUAUUAAGCUUAUUAUAAAAGGAUUGGACAGAAUACAUCAAAACAGGUGACUACAGCACUUUGAAGAACAAUAAGAAAAAAAUUAACAAAUUUUUUAAUAAUUUCAAAGCCAAUUUAUGAAGGGAAAAGUAAUGAUUACUUAUGGAUGAUGUAUGCUUUGUGUUAUGGCUUUCGAAUCAAUUUAAAGUUUUCAAUUAAACUUAGCCUGGAAAUUGUGGCACUUGUGAUGUCACAUAAACAAUAAUAACAUAAG